CAAUAAGCGAGACAUAGGGUCGCCCGUGACUUUCCUCUGCCACCUCCUCUCUCCCUUUUCUCAGCGGCGGACCAGGGUUUCCCUCCCCUCUCUCGGCGCGCGCGCUAUCCCCUCGUGGCCUCGAUGGGGGCGGGGCGGGGCGGCUACAGGAUUCCUUCUUCUUCGGUUGGCGGUUGGCGUGGCGUUGUAGGUCACAACCCUUCCUUCACUGCACUAUGGAUACACAUGCAUAUACUUCUUCCGCGUUGGAGGAAGAACAGGAGGCUUCUCGGAAGUUAAGGUUGCAUUUUAGUGAGAUAGAAGCAGUGCAAAAACAAAAUCAAACUCAAAAUGAGCCAACGUUAUUUCUCGACUGUCUUGUGUAUGGAGAAACAUCAUCACUGGGCACUGAUAACAAAAUAUGGAUAGGUGCAGAGACGAGUGACGAAGAAGGAGCAAAGGAGGAUCAGCAGCAGCAGGAGUCCUGGGAGAGGUAAAGAGACUGCACUGAAAACAAAGCAUCGUCGGCUGGAGGCCUAAUUGGACCAUUCUUAUCCUGCUUUGAGUUGGCCCAAACAGCACACGGGAAAACGGGCUAGGCCCAUUGAAUAAUGUCUUCUAAAAAAAGUGAUAAACAAAAAAAAUUAUAUAGUACAGAAAAAUACAGGGAAACAAAAAUUUGCAACGUGCCAUGCUCUAUUAUAUAAAAGUUUCCAUGUUAUACAAUUUGAAACUGGGAAAAAGUUAUGAAUUUUUAAACAUGCCACGCGGCAAAAUUUACACAUGUUUUGUAAUGUACAUACGACAAUAAAUUUCAUGUUUUAAGAUGGAAAA